AUGGCUCUUUUCGACAACAAUCUACCAAGGUAUCUCAAUUAUGGCGGUAUUGGUUUUAUCAUUGGACAUGAAAUUGCACAUGGUCUUGAUGAUAAUAGUCGAAAUCAUGGCAUGUAUGGAGACGAAUUUCCUUCAUGGAUUAAUGAGACUAUAGAAACAUUUCAUGAACGCAUGAAAUGUGUUGUUAAUCAAUACAAUAAUUAUACAUUGACUCAAGUUAAUCGACAGGUAGAUGGUGAGAGAACACAGAAUGAAAAUUUUGCUGAUAUCGUUGGAUUGAAACAGGCUUUCUUCGCAUAUCAAAGAUGGGCUAAAACUCACAAGAAUGUUGAUAAGAAACUCCCAGCUUGUAUUUGGUCGGAACGUCCACCAUCAUGCCUUCGAUUAACUGAAUUUGCAUUAUUAGAUUCUUCUAUUGAAUUAGAUGUUGAUAAUAUUAAAUCUAUUCUUCCUUUUAUGCCAAAUUUAAUCAAGUUAACAUUAAGUAUUCGUGAUACAUGUGAUACAAUGUUUUGUUAUGGUCCAUAUUUGGAAUCAAUAUUAAAUGAAUAUUUACCACAACUUCGCCAAUUUGAUUAUACAGUGACACAUAGAGUUGUUGAUCAAACCGUCAUUGAAGAUUUUACUCGAUGGCCAAUGCAUGUUGUUUUCAAUGAAAAUAAAGAUUAUAAAUGGGUUCAUAUAUAUUCAUUACCAUGGCCUUCAAAUAAAGAUGAUAAAAGACGAUUACCUAUUGUUAAAGGUGAAUGUAAUACAUCAGUUCGAUCAGAUGUUAAAAUAUUUGAAUGGAUAGAUCAUGUAUUGAUAACAAAACCAAGUGAAUUAAUUCAAUUGAAGACACGUUUUCAUCGAGCACGUAAGAUAUCAACUGAUAUAUCAAUUCAUAUGGCAUUACCUGAAUGUAUUCGUAAAAUCAUUUUUAAAAAACAAAUUUGUAAGAUACCUUUAUCAAAUAAUGAGAUUUUUGAUAAUUUUAUUUUAUUUACAAGUUCAACCAAUGUAGUAGUUCAACCUUUUGUUCGUCAUUUAGUUGUUCAAUAUUAUUUAACUGAUGCAGAAGAAAUCUCAAAUUUUGCUCAUCAAUUUCCUUAUGUUAAAUAUUUAGAAUUAUUAUUUUCAUCAAAUGAAAAUUUAUUUCUUGAGUGCUUUCAAACAUUAUUUAGUGUCUAUGAUUAUAUUAGUACUAAGCGUCGGUUUUGGCCUUGUUUAAUAAGCUUUUCAACAAGAUUCUUGUAUGACGGACUAGAUAAAAAGUUAACUAAUCUUGAUAUUCAUUAUUGGCUUACUCGAAAUACUGACCUAAAAUUUAUGAAACAUCAGUUUUGCGUUAAUUGUUCUAAUUCCAUAUUAUCGAUUUGGUUUUGA